GCACCAUCCAGUCACCACACGCCAAGGAUCUCGUGAGGCAGCAACAUUGGCACUUCCUGCACUGCUCGGCCCUCUCGCCUUUGCUUUUGGCUUCGCCUUCGCUUUCGCCUUCUUUGGCUUCAAGCCUGUUUGCAGGCAUUGCUCCAUGCGAUCUGCAGCUAACCUGCAAAAUUCCAUUUUGCAAGGGGCCACCCUCAGUGGCAACCGGGAAUUUCUUCCUGUCCAUGCACUGGCGGCAGAACUUGUCCCACGAAGCCUUUUGGCCAAUGGCCACAAGAGGAGCGUACCCUUGACCAUGUGCUUGAGCACGAACCUUCCCAUUGUUGGACCUGCCGCCAGUGAGGCGGGCCAAUGCCUUGCCGCCUUGAUGCUGACCUUCGACUGGUGCCGGAGCCAGCAAUGA